AUGACAUCCAUAGCCCAGCCAAGAAAGCCUCUCCAUCCCGCCGAAGCUCUGUUGUCACUGGCACAUCCACCCACAACAGCAGCAUCAUUGUUCAAAUCCACCGUCUCUCUAAAACCCCUCCCCUUCAUCCCCAACACCCAACUCGACCCAUCCGCCGCCCGAGAUGCGCGUGACCGUCGCCGUCUCGCUCGCGAGAGGAAACAGGAGGCGAAGCUCGCGCAGCGGAAGUUCCGAGCGAGUGGCAAACCGAAGCCGCUGAGCGCGAAGAUGAAGCGUGCGCUCGGGGUCCACAAGAUCUCGAAGGAGGAGAAGAGAUGGGAAAUUUAUGUGCCGCUGUGGGCUAUGUGGGCUGACUAUGUGAGAGGGCUGCUCGGGAUUGAUGCCGAUGAAGAAGAAGGAAAGAGUGAGGAUGCGAUGGAGGGGGUCGAGGAUGGGGAGGCGAAGCAGUCGAAGAAGCACCAGUUCGUUAGCGUUGCGAAUGGGGGCCCGUUGCUUGCUUCUGCGGACUUUCAUGGCGCAUAUCUGGAGGUGGUGCAAUGCCGCUGUGUGAGUCGGGUUGGCCUUCGGGGCAUCGUGUUGAAGGACACGAAGUUCACCUAUGAAAUGAUUACGAGGGACAAUGAGAUUAAAGUUGUGCCGAAGGAAUUCACAAUACUCCGGAUGGAGCUUCCACUCGCCUCCAAUCCUGCCAUCAAUUCCAAUGGACAGGUGGAAGGCAGGACACUUGUGUUCGAACUGCACGGUUCUAGACUACAGAACAGGGCCCCCGAUAGGGCAAACAAGAAGCUCAAGGACACAUUCAGGUUGGAAGAUUGA